AAUUCGGUUGGAGGCGGGAUUGCAGGCGGUGGGCGGGAGGCUGCCAACGGUUUUGCAAGCUAGUGUCGCGCUAGGGAGGGUGGCCUUUGGUCUUUCUCUGUGGAGGGUAUGGGGCUUGGGGACAGUCCUCCUCAUCUUGGCAAACCAGGGCCGACAUGCUCAGAGUAGUCGGAGCCAGGUGGUUGCGGUAGAGAAUCCCAGGCGGCUGGUUGCCCGGUGUGUGUCUGCGCGCGCGCCCCUUUUAUUGAGCUUUCUUAGUGUGGGAUAGGGAGGAAUUCUAUGGACCUCUGCUGUGGCUUUUUUUUUUUUAAUCAGGAAGGAUUAGAGGGGAAAUCCAAGGAAGUCGACUCUGGGUGGGACAGGUGAAGUAGAGGCAAAAUGGGGGUGUUGUGGCAUUGAAGUCUUGCCUCUUUCUUCACUAAAACCAAUUGAGGGACAUACAUUGGGCCAGCUUUGGUUUGAGGUCUGUUUCAGUUUGCAUUUUGAGUGUGGUAAAGAAAAGCUAACCAUGGUUAACCCGUGCCGAAACUGAUUUGCAAUUUCCAAGACCCUAGUUAGGAGGAAGGAACUGCAGCGGUUCAGUCUCCCUGCAUGCAGGUCUUCUGACUUUCUGCCUUGCACAUCUGCUUUUAACCGUUCCCAGGAGUUGGGAGAAAGAAUGUAUUUGCCCUCUCCAUGGUCGCUGGAGUCAGUGGACACUCCUCUAACCAGAAAGCUCCUUUGUUGAGGACCCAAAGUGUCUUCCUCCCUUCCAAAUCUUUCUUCUUUGUGAGCUUAUUCACAAGUUUGGACCCCUCUCAGAACUGAGGCAGGAGUUCCCAGUCCCCUGCUGAGUCCAGUUGUCUCUUCACUGCACAUGGCGACAGCAGCCCCCAGUCCCAGUUCUCCUCUCCGACCGCAGGACCUCCUGAGCGAUACGUCAGAGCCUCCUGGGUUGAACCAGGUGUCCUCGGAGGUGACCUCCCAACUGUAUACUUCUUUGCAUCUCAGCCGCCAAGCUGAGGCCACGGCCCGGGCCCAGCUGUAUCUAGCUCCCACCUCCUCACCUCCUAAUGAGGGCUUAGACAGCUUGGCUCAAGAACUGAGUCGCAGCUUGUCCGUUGGAUUGGAAAACAACUUGAAGAAAAAGGAUGGGUCUAAGCACAUCUUUGAGAUGGAAAGUGUUCGGGGUCAGCUUCAGACCAUGCUCCAUACCUCCCGUGAUACUGCCUAUCGAACUGGUUCAGAGAGACGGGAAGAGGACUCCUUUGACAGUGAUAGCACAGCUACCUUGCUCAACACCCGGCCUCUGCAGGACCUGUCUCCAUCCAGCUCCGCCCCGGCACUGGAGGAGUUGUUUCCCCGCUACACCAGCCUUCGGCCCGGCCCCCCCACCAACCCCCCAGAUUUCCAGGGGCUGAGGGAUGCACUGGAUGCAGAGCUUACACGAAGAAAGCAUUGCGAGCGCCACAUUCAGAGCCUACAGACUCGCGUGCUUGAGUUGCAACAACAGCUAGCUGUGGCUGUGGCUGCUGACCACAAGAAAGAUCUCAUGAUUGAACAACUUGACAAGACUCUGGCUCGAGUGGUGGAGGGCUGGAAUCGCCAUGAGGCUGAGCGGACAGAGGUGCUGCGGGGACUUCAAGAGGAGCGCCAGGCAGCAGAACUCACCAGAAGCCAGCAGCAGGAGACAGUGACCCGCCUGGAACAAAGCCUUUCUGAGGCCAUGGAAGCCCUGAGUCGGGAGCAGGAGGGUACCAGACUACAGCAGAGGGAGAAAGAGGCCCUGGAAGAAGAGAGGCAAGCCCUGACUCUGAGGUUGGAGGUGGAGCAGCAGCAGUGCCGGACCCUCCAGGAAGAGCGGGAUGAGGCUAGGGCUGGGCAGCUCAGUGAGCACCGGAAGCUGGAGGCCCUUCAAGUUGCUCUACAAGAGGAAAGGCAGACCUGGAUCAAGCAGGAACACCAGCUGAAGGAACGCCUUCAGGCACUGCAGGAGGAAGGCCAGGCUCAGCUGGAAAGAGAGAAGGCCAGAUAUGAGAGCCAGCGGAUCCAGAUGGAGUCAGAGCUGGCUGUACAGCUGGAGCAGCGGGUGACUGAGCGGCUGGCAGAGGCUCAGGAGAACAGCCUGCGGCAGGCCGCCUCCCUCAGGGACCAUCACAGGAAGCAGCUACAGGAACUGAGUGGACAGCACCAACAGGAACUGGCCGCCCAGCUGGCUCAGUUCAAGGUAGAAAUGGCUGACCGGGAGGAACGCCAGCAGCAGGUGGCUCAGGACUAUGAGCUCAGACUGGCAAGGGAGCAAGCUCGAGUGCGUGACCUGAAGAGCGGCAACCAACAACUGGAAGAGCAGCGGGCAGAGCUGGUGGAGCGGCUCCAAGCCAUGCUGCAGGCCCACUGGGAGGAGGCCAACCAACUGCUCAGUACCACGCUUCUGCCUCCCAACCCGCAGGCUCCUCUUGCUGAGCCCUCCAGCCCCGGGCCUCUGGAGCCAGAGAAGGGGGAGAGGAGGACCUGGGCCAUGCCUCCCAUGGCUGUGGCUCUGAAACCUGUGUUGCAGCAGAGCCGAGAAGUGAAGGGUGAUGUGCCUGGAGCUCCGUCUGUCCUCUGCAGCACCUCCCCGGAUCUGAGCCUCCUGCUGGGACCCCCUUUCCAGAACCAGAACUCCUUUCAGCCCUUGGAACCCAAGCCUGAUGUGACUCCACCCACAGCUGGGCCCUUCUCUGCAUUGGAGGCUUUCACUGCUGAUGACAGAGCCGAACGCCCGUUUCCUGAGGAAGACCCGGGAUCUGAUGGUGAUGGGCCCCUGAAAGCAAGGCUGCCACCUGCUUCUCAGCUUGAAGGCCUCAAGAAUUUUUUGCAGCAGCUGCUGGAGACAGCGCCUCAGAGCAAUGGAAACCCCUCAGCCGACCUGUUGCCCCCUAAGGCUGGCUCUCGGGCUGUCUUGUCUUGGGAGGAGGCCCCUCAAGUGCCCCGACUUCCACCUCCUGUCCACAAAACCAAAGUUCCCUUAGCCAUGGCGUCAAGUCUCUUCAGGGUCCAUGGGCUUCCCUCAACCAAUUUGCAAGGCAGUGGUCUCAGCACUGGCUCCCCAGAGAAAGAUGGGCUCAACCUGGUGGACGUGUCUGAGCUGUUACGCCUGUACCAGGCUCGGGGUUGGGGUGCCCUGCCUGCUGAGGACCUGCUCCUGUACCUGAAGAGGCUGGAACACAGCGGAACUGAUGGCCAAGGGGAGCUUGUCCCCAGAAGAAACACAGACUCCCGUUUGGGUGAGAUCACUCGGAAAGAGAUCCCCUCCCAGGCUGUCCCUCGACGCCUUGCUUCAGUCCCUAAGACUGAAAAGCCUGCACGGAAGAAAAGUGGGCAUCCCGGCCCUAGCAUGAGGAGUCGGGGCGGCAUCUGGAGAUGAGGCCCGCCCUUCUCCUCUUCUGCCACUCAUUUUAAUUAGUGCCCUGCAGUCUGUCUGUCUCAGAGGAAUCUGGAAAAUGGAGAUUUUGUAGGAAGCUACUUUGUGAAGAAACCUUCCAAAAUUGUUUUAGUAUUUUAGAAUAUAUUUGUUUUCUAUGAGAAAGCCUAUGGAGCCUUUGAGGCUGGUGUGUGACUAGAUGUCUGAGUUGCCCUAGGCUCAGGGAUGCUUGCAGUGGUUAGAUGCCCCAUAGUAGAAUUAUGAGUGAAUCUUUUCUUUUUGUAUAAUUUAUAUUUUGUAUAUUUUCUGAAAUAAGUAUGUAUUACUUUAGUAAUAAAA